GUCUCUCUCUGUCUCUCUCUAGUGUCUAUAAAUACAGAAGCACUAUCAUGACAUUUUAUGCACUUUCAUACCCUAAUAUUACCUAUAAUCAUCCCAUAAAAUUCUCUUUCCCUUGCAGAAGAAGAAAUCCAUAAUGGCUUUAAAAGGAAUUCAAAACCCUAAUUAUCCAUUCUUGGCCAUCAUUUUUCUAGUUUCAAUUAUUAUUAUUCCAUGUUAUAAUUGUCUUCAACAGGACACUCUUAAUGAUUACCUUGAAGAAGAAACAUCUGGCUAUGAUAAUUCUGAAGCUUAUCCUUCCUAUUUUAGCUCCCUCGAUGACGGUCAGUCCAAUCACUAUGUUAGUUUAAGAAUUGAUAAUGUUCUAAAUUUGAAAAUAUUUGAUAAAGUUGGAUCCACAUCAACUUCAGUUAACAAAAUUAGUGUUGAUGAUUUUGGAGCUAAAGCAGAUGGAAGUGACGAUACUCAGGCUUUCGAAAAGGCUUGGAAGGAAGCUUGUUCAUCUAAGGGAGCUAUUCUUGUUGUGCCUGAGAACAAAUAUAGUGUCAAGCAAGUUAGAUUCUCAGGUCCUUGCAAAUCCGAUAUAACAUUUCAGUUAUAUGGAACAAUCGAAGCAUGGGAAGAUCGAUCAGCCUACGAGAAAGACGAUAGACAUUGGCUUGUAUUUGAUGAAGUUGAAGAUUUGGUAGUUGAAGGUGGUGGCAUAAUUGAUGGGAAUGGCAACAUUUGGUGGAAAAACUCAUGCAAAGUCAAUAAAGAUCUUCCUUGCAAGCAUGCACCUACGGCUUUGACCUUCGAUAAAUGCAAGAACUUAGUAGUAAAGAACCUGACAGUCCAAAAUGCACAGCAAAUGCAUGUGUCUUUUCAAAGCAGCAGAGAUAUUGAAGCCUCCAAUCUUUUGGUAACUUCACCUGAGGAUAGUCCUAACACUGAUGGAAUCCAUGUCACUGAAACCCAAAACAUCCAAAUUACAAAUUCAGUCAUAGCAACAGGUGAUGAUUGUAUCUCUAUUGUAAGUGGAUCUCAGAAUGUGCAAGCCAUGAACAUAACCUGUGGGCCAGGCCAUGGAAUAAGUGUUGGAAGCUUAGGUUAUGGAAAUUCAAGAGCUUAUGUUUCAGGAGUAACUAUUGAUGGUGCCAAGAUUUCUGGCACUACAAAUGGUGUUAGGAUCAAAACAUGGCAGGGAGGGUCAGGAAUUGCCAACAAUAUCAAAUUCCAAAAUAUUGAAAUGUACAAUGUCACCAAGCCCAUUAUAAUUGAUCAGCACUACUGUGACCAACACAAACCAUGCAAAGAACAGAAAUCAGCAGUUCAGGUGAAAAAUGUGGUGUACAGGAACAUAAAGGGGACAAGUGCUUCUAAUGUGGCAAUAAAGUUUGAUUGCAGCAAGAGCUAUCCAUGUCAAGGGAUUUUGUUGGAAGAUGUUAUUCUUAAAAGGGAAGGAGAUGAAGCAGCAAAAGCUUCAUGCAGUAAUGUUAAAUUAACUGAAAAGGGAGUAGUUUCUCCAAAUUGCCCUUGAACAGAAACAAAAAUCACUGUAUGUAACAUAUAUAUGUAUGAAUAAUUUAUAGAUACUUGCAUUGGAUAUUUUUAUACAUGAUGUACCAAUAACACA